AAGGCGCCACACCACCCGGCAUUCUCUGUACGUCCAAGAUAUUCAGUUUAAUCGAGCACAGGGGCAAGAUGCGUCCAAGCAGCUUCGUGAUCCUUGCUGUUAUAUGUUGCUGCGCCGUAUCAUGCAUUACGGCGACAGAUAGUCAAUCAACGGUAGAAAAUUUCUCGUCGACCAUCGAUAACUCUGCCGUUCACCCGGAGAACGAAGGAAGUACGAGCGUGACGCUGAAUAGACAGAAACGAACGCUUUUGCUGAAGAAAAAACUAAUUGGCGCUGGACUUGUUGGCUUUGGUUUAGGAAUUGCAAAAGGAUACAAAGCUGGAUAUUAUACUGCACCGCGUGUACAACACGUGUACCUGUCACCUCCCCCAUCGACUGUUAAGUAUGUCGAAUACGUUGAAAAACCUAUUUUCGUUGAAAAGAUAAUCGAAACGCCAACGUCCUUUAGUAAACCGGUACCAGUUGGAUUCAAAGAUUCUUUUCCGUACGGGUAA